GUAAUUAUUCUACGGGAAAAUAACUUGUAAAUUCGCGAGGUGUGGUGUGUUGUGGUGACUGUCUUCGUGUCAAAUGUUCGAUAAAUGUCUACUAAACCAAUAAAAAUGCCGUCGGCAACAAAAGAAAAGGAUUCGACGAUCCUCAAGAUCGCUGUGGAGAUGCUAAAUGCUGCAGACAAGGUACCACAGUUGAUAGAAUUCGAUCAAAGUCAGCCUUUGUCCAGUAUUAUUCAACUUUUAUGCAAGCCUUGGGGUCUCCCAGACCCUGAGAACUACGCUUUACAAUUUUCCGAGAGUAACAACCAGAAUUACAUAACAGAGAAAAACCGUAAUGAAAUAAAAAAUGGGUCUGUUUUGCGUUUAGAGUUGUCGCCAGCGAAAACUGUUCAGGACAUCCUCGGCAAGAUAAGCAAUGGAACGGAAGCUGAGCAAGUAGCUGCUCUUACGAAACUGUCCGUUCUAAGUAGCGAUCCAACCUUCGCACAUGAGUUUUUCAACAAAAAAGGUUUGACUUUGAUCAUAAACAACAUCGAAAGUGGUAAAUUCAAAGGAAACUCGCUCAAGUAUGCUCUCAUUACAUUCGUAGAACUCAUGGACCAUGGGGUCAUAUUCUGGGAUGUCCUUGAGAACCAAUUCAUUAAUAAAGUUGCCAGUUUUGUUAACAACCAGGCUAGUGUCCAGGAUGCCAAAGUGACCCAGUGUUGUUUAUCCAUUCUUGAGAACAUAGUGCUGAACAGCUCAAAGAACUCACAUGUUGAAAAGGAAAUUACCAUUCCCAGUUUGAUCUCCCACCUACAGAACCCUCACCAAGAUAUUAUAAUUCAACAGAAUGCUAUAGCCCUCAUAAAUGCAAUUUUUUCAAAAGCUGAUAUGACAAAAAGAAAAACAAUUGCUGCCACAUUGUCUUCCAAACAAGUUAGAUGUGUGAUAUAUGAAAACCUUAUUGGUGCAAGUGAGUUUAGUAAGAAUGCUUCAGACCAAGGAUUAGGCACAGAGCUAUCUCACCAGCUUUAUGUCCUUCAGACUCUGAUGCUAGGGUUAUUAGAACCUAAAAUGAGACAAAGGGCUGAUUCCCAAGAACAGGAAUCACUAGAAAAAAUUAAGGAGCUCAGAAAAGUUGCCUUUGAAAAUGAUAACAACCCUAAUAUAGAAGUCACAAUGAGACGGCCCCUUGGAUCAUAUUCUAAAGACUUCAAAAAGCUUGGUUUCAAAUGUGAAAUUGAUCCAAUCAAAGAUUUCAAUGAAGUACCUCCAGGAGUGCUGGCUUUAGACUGCAUGUUGUACUUUGCCCGAAACUAUUCAGAGGAUUACACAAAGAUUGUCUUAGAAAACAGUUGCAGAGCCGAUGAACAUGAAUGUCCUUUUGGCAAGACCAGCGUGGAGUUGGUAAAGUUACUCUGUGACAUCCUGCACAUUGGAGACCCACCAAGUGAACAGGGACAAACUUACCACCCAUUGUUCUUCAACCAUGACAGGCCUUUUGAAGAACUUUUCUGCAUAUGCAUAGUCCUACUAAAUAAAACCUGGAAGGAAAUGAGAGCUACCACCGAGGACUUCAUCAAAGUAUCUAGUGUUGUCAGAGAACAAAUCAGCAGAGCACUGUCUGCUGCCCCAAAAGGCUUUGACAAGUUCAGACAAAAGAUAAACCAAUUAACCUACACAGAAAUCACACAGCUAUGGCAACAAGAAAGGAAUAAUAGGGAAGAAUGGGAGUCAACUGCCAGGCCCAUAGUUGAAUUAAAAGAGAAAAUAACUCCCGAAAUAAUUGAUCUCAUUCAACAGCAAAGGUUAGGCGUAUUAGUUGGAGGAACGAGAUUUAAAAAGUACACGUCUAGAGGUCAGAGGAUGAAGGACAAAUUCUGGUUCAUUCGCCUCUCGCCGAAUCAUAAAGUGUUGCAUUAUGGUGACUGCGACGAAAAGAGUACGCCGAGUUUAGAAGAGUUGUGUAACAAAUUGGCAGUUUCGGAUAUAAAGUGUGUCAUCACUGGCAAGGACUGUCCGCAUAUGAAGGAAGGAAGUAGGGGAAGAAAGAUAUCACCACAUUUAGCAUUCUCUCUGAUCCUCAAGUCAGCAGAAAUGCCUUCAUUAGAUUUCGUGGCCCCCGACGAGCAGAUAUUCGAUUUCUGGACGGAUGGGGUUAACGCUCUUCUAAAGGAGAAAAUGUUAAGCAAAACGUUCGAAAACGAUUUGCAAACUUUACUCUCAAUGGAUAUCAAAGUACGAUUACUUGACGCGGAAGGUAUCGAUAUCCCGAAAGACCCGCCACACAUUCCCGACGAACCAGAAGAUUACGAUUUCUAUUACGAUAACAAUUAACUUUGCUUUUAUUAAGCUUGCAAUGUAAAAGGUUAUGGUCGUAGUUAAUUUUAUACAUGACGAAAUUUUAUCUAUAAUGUGAAUAAGUUAUAUUUAAGUGAAGAUUAUGAAUAGUAUUAAUUUGAUCAUGAAGUAAUAUUUAUAAUGGAUUGAUAUUUUACAUUUAUAUGCUGUUAGCAGCGCUUUUCGAUUGAAUGAGAAUGUUCUCCCCUAAUUGGUUAUAGGACGUAUUGCAUCCGGCGUCCGGUACGAUAGCCCGAGAAUACCAAUGAGUUCGUAUUUCGUACUUCCAGUCUGUAGUAAUUUGUCCUACGAUAUUUUCGAAACCCGUGAUUUUAUAUGAUUUAAAAUUUCGAUCCCCAAUAAUUAUAGUAUUGUUUUCUGAUAUUGAACGGUUUUGAAUGAUUGAAAAUUUUGAAAAUGUAUUUGUAUUGUGUAUCAUUCGGUGAGAUAUAAAUAUUCUCUGGGUUUACGACCUGAACUGAAAGGAAAUGUUUUUGUGUGUGAAAAGUUAAAGUAAUGAUUGAAAAACCAAAUAUGAAACAUUCCUUCAGACACAGAUUUACGUGUUACAAAAUCAAUUACACAACUUGUACUUAAGGCAUUAAUGAGUAAGGCUACUCCAAUCUAAUUUUUGUUUUAUUUUAUGAUGACAUUAUUUUUCGCCUGUAUCAGUAAUUACAUAAGGAACUACUAGGGGAUUAUUAAAACCACAGACGUUCGUCUAAACGUCAGACUUGCAACCUGUCUUCGUAUUUUAUGAAUGAUUGAAUCAUAUUUCCAAUAAAUGUUUUCCAUUACAAUAGUUAGAGAGCACAAAGUAUUUUAAUUAUAUUACGUAGCAUAUAGUUUUUAAUUUCAUAAAUAUUAAAUUAUUGUUAUAAUCUAUUACUGAUUUACGCUGUAUCGACUGAAUUCUAUUAAACUUCCAUUUUAUUGUAAUGUAUUGUGGCCAUAUACCAAUAUUAUAUUUUAUAUACCAAAGAUCAUGUCUAAAGAACAAAUAUAUUUAAAUGUGUAUGUAUAAAUAAAAGUUUUAAAACCACUGUAUUGCUUUAUUGCAACCGAAGGGAAAAUAAAUAUAAUUAUACACCUU